GAGCUGAAACCAGCACUUGGGAUAAUGGCACCCAGUGCUCUCUCUCUGGAAAUCCUAACACCCAAAGAGAAGAACAGACUGAGGAAACCCAUUGUAGAGAAACUGCGCCGUGACCGGAUUAACAGCAGCAUCGAGCAGCUGAAACUGCUCCUGGAGAAGGAGUUUCAGAGACAUCAGCCCAACUCCAAGCUGGAGAAAGCCGACAUCCUGGAGAUGACCGUCAGCUACCUGAAAUACAGCCGAGCUUUUGCAGCAUCUGCCAAAAGCCUGCAGCAGGAUUAUUGCGAAGGCUACGCCUGGUGCCUCAAGGAAGCUCUGCAAUUCCUCUCCCUCCACUCAGCAAACACAGAAACCCGGAUGAAGCUGAUCUGCCAUUUCCAGAGGUCACAAGCAGUGCCUAAGGACUCUGGUUCUUCUCCUGCACCCGCUGCCACCCACCAGCCCCCUGCCAAGCAAGCAGCACUGAAACCCUCCUGCAGCCUCUGGAGGCCAUGGUAGCCCAAGGGCACGCUUACGUGUUUCUGGACAUUUGCUUGUGUUCCAGAGGAGAUCGUGACUUGCUAUACAAGUCCCCCCGCUCCUCUCAUGAGUAGGGAAGAAUGUUUUCCUUUUGUAGAGCAUUACUAUGCUUGGAUGUCUGCUUCCCUUCUUCUAGAAGGACUGAAACGAUCCCACCACGUGGAGAGAAAGUUAUUCUGAAAGAAUGUGAGAUGUAAUCCUCCUGCUAGGAGGACUGAGCGGAGUUGUUCAGAGAGGAACACCGACUGUUCUUAACCUUAGCAAGGUUG